AAUGCAUGCCAGUGCAUGUGGUCUCAUCGUGGUGUGUGGUUCGUCUUUUAUUUCUCUUUUUCUCUCUCCCUCUUUCUCCCUUUUUCUCUCUGUCUCUUUUUCUCUCUCUCUCUUUCUCUUUCUACUGUCUCUUUAAUUUGACAGAACGAUUUAGCGAGGAUUUAAUUAACAUCAAGAAUCUUACGUUCAGUUAUUUACCUUUACUUAACGUUCUAACGAACUAGAACGAGAAAAGUCUAGCGGUACCUGCAGAGAGAAACGUGAAACUUCGUUCUAAAGGACAUCAAAAUAUAGAAAGAGAGAGAUAAUUCACUCGGUUGGAGGGAAAUCUUUGGUAAAGAUAGGAGAUGUCUGCAGACGCUGAGCUUAGUAACAUUCUUAGCAGGAGGCAACGGAUCAACGAGGAUCUCGAUGAGGGUAAAGAAGUGAAGAAACAAUACAGAUUUGUUAACGUCUAUACCGAAUUCCAUGAGCUCUCUCGCCGGGAGAUCAAACGAUACGAGCAAACCUUCAACAGAUUCGAUGAUGGACACGAUGGUUAUCUUGAUCUAAAUGAAUUGAAACGCAUGAUGGAAGUUCUAGGAGCACCUCAAACUCAUCUCGGUUUAAAGGCAAUGAUACAUGAAGUUGACGAAGAUGGUGAUGGACGUAUAUCCUUCCGCGAAUUUCUCCUGAUUUACCGUAAGGCACAUGCUGGUGAAUUAGAGCAGGAUUCUGGCUUAGGACAAUUGGCUCGUCUGACCGAAGUAGACGUGGAUGAGGUUGGCGUAUCAGGUGCCAAGAACUUUUUUGAAGCUAAGAUCGAGCAGCUUCGUAAAUCUAGUAAAUUUGAGGACGAAAUUCGUAUGGAACAAGAAGAAAGAAAACGUGAGGAAGCUGAGAAGGCAGCAAGACGCGCACAAUUUAGAGAAAAAGCUGCGAUUUUUAGUAAUAAUUAAAAGAGAAAGAAAAGAAAAAAAUAAAUAUAGGACAGUAUGAAAAGUUAUUUUUGGAAAACUGGUUAGGUGUCAUAUACUUUAUGAGAGGAUUUCUAUUUAAUUUGGUCAAAAGCACAAUAGGGCGAUCAUUAUAAAAGAUCAUUGAAGGGAUUCCGAUAGAUUUUGCACUUUUGCGAUAAUAAAUAAUCUCUAGCUUGAUCGUGCAAAUAACGCACAUUUACUUUAAUCCUUUUUAAUCGGAGCUUCAUUUAAUGAUUUAUGAAUCUCUAUCGAUUUUGAUUGAUCGGUUAAACUAAACUUCAAAGAACGAAUCUAAUGACUAUAUUAAUGUUUUAGACGUUGAUAUAUAUAUAUAUGUACAUAUAUAUAUAUAUAUAUAUAUAUACAUACAUACAUACAUACGUUAUAUAUAUAUUGAUGAAAAGAAUAACUUAUUGUAACACUUCGAAUAGAAAGGAUUAACAUAUAUUCGUAUCAAGAACAUCAAAGAUACUUGCAUGAUAAAAUCCUCUCCUUUUCUUUUAUAGAAAAAUAUGUUUUAUUCAGUUUUUUUUAUUCGUUAUGUUUACCUAUCUUUUAAGUUAUCUUAAUAAUUGUAGAAUUUCGUAUUGAACAAAAUAAUAUCUUUUUGGUAUUAACUACGUUCGUCUUAUUCGAAUAAUUUUUUUUCCAUUUAUAAAGUAAUCAUUAAUCAAUUUUUAUCGUAUUUGUGACAAAGUUAUGUUCUUUUCAUGUCGCGCCUUCUUUUUCUUCUUUUUCUUUUUUCAUUUUUUUUUUAUUAUGCAAAUAUUAACAUCUGAAGAAAAAAAAUAUAGUCAUUUGAUGAGAAAUUACAAGUGUUAAAUGGAGGGAGAAAAUUCCAACUAUUUUUUGCUCUAGUCAUGCAUUUAUCUUGAAGAGAUAUAUUUUUAAUACAAUUUCAUCUAGAUUUUUUAUGCUACACAGCUAUAUAAACUUCAUAGAAAUAGUAUAAGAAAAUUUUUAUAUUUUUUAAGAGUUUCUCUCUCCUUGAGAGUAAUGUGUGUCAUAACCAUUUGAAAAUAUAUUACUCCAAUGAUUUUAUUAUGUACUUGCAUAAUGUAAAAAUAAUUAAUUAAGCAUUCUAUAUGUCAUUUACUCGUAUGUAUAUAACAUCGAAAGUUUUGUCACAUCAUAUGAGAUGCAUUACUUUAGUACACACUAUGUAAAUAGUACCUAAGCUUUAUGCUAUUUUUUUGUCUUUCUUUUUUACUGAUUUUAUUAUAGAAAAAAAAAUGAUUUAUUUUAUAGAAAUGAUACGUUAAUAUUGUGAUAUGCAAGUUAUAUAUAUAUAUAUUGUACUUAAUUAGUGUAUGUUUCAAAUAAUGUAUAAACUGAAAUUUUAAUUAAGCA